CGCACACAAACCCCCUGUGACGCCAACCACUCCGCGGCUGGAGUGCAUGACUGCAUGUUUUUUUGAGGCGGUAUAAUCUGAAAGCAGACAUAUUAUGGAGCGGUGGAUCUGUUGAUGGAGAUGCGACGGUGCAUGAAGAAAAGCUGGUCUCGGCGGCGGUCUGAAUUAUGAUCGGCGGUAAACGAGCAGAGGAACACGGCGAGGGAAUUCUGACUCAACAUAAUCCAUCUGGACACCGGGGUGGGAGGAGAUGAGGACCAUGAUGGCUUCGAUGAAAGCAGCGUUAUUCGUGUGUAUUCACUGGGUGCUCCAGCACGCUUUGUGCCGUGACGUGACUCUCCCCAUCGGACCCCUCUACCGUGUCGCUGGCUUCCCCCUCUCCCUGCCCUGUGGUGUGUCAGGAUAUGAAGGCCCACGUACACAAGACUUUGAGUGGUUUCUAUACAGGGAUGAUGCCGGUGGAAGGCAGAUGGGGGUGGUGUCCACCAGGGACAAGGGCUUCCCUUAUACCCCCUUCCAGACACGUGUGAAGAGUGGGGAGGUAAGAGUGGAGCGGGAUUCAGGGGACAAGGUCCGGCUGAUUAUCCAAAGGCUCCGGCCUGAUGACCAAGGAAAAUACGAGUGCUACACUCCCAGCACAGACAGCACCUACCAAGGGAACUACAGUGCCAUGGUAACUGUCAAAGUGAUCCCCGACACUCUCCAGGUCAGCUAUUCCCGCUCGCUCACCGGUCAACCUGUGCCAGAGGGGGCUUCAUUAACCCUAACAUGCUCAGCCAGCAUCCAAUCAGAGCAGCUCACCCAUCUGUCCAUCACAUUUGGGAAGCGUGGCGGUGGAGAGGGAUCGCUGAGUGGAGCUGGAGGAGAGGUCAGCACUGUUAGAGAGAUUAUCUCCAUUGACAGGCUUCUCGGGGUCGUUCCUGGACGUUUCUACAAGAGCCGCUACGAUGACGGAGAGAUCACUCUGGAGAAGAAGAAUGGCGAGGGCGGGCAGGGUGUGUAUGUGAUGAAGAUGACAGCAGUGCAGCCAGAUGACACCGGCUCGUAUUUCUGCGAGGCCUCGCAGUGGAUUCUGGACCUUGAUCGAUCGUGGCAGAAGAUUGCACAGCGGACGCUGGAUAUUGGCAAUUUGACUGUUCAGCAACUAGCGGAGUCUCUGCGUGUAACAUCCUCGCCCAAAGGGGAGGUUACUCUGCAGAUCGGUUCCCCUCUCAUUCUCACCUGUGAGAUUUUGGGGCUGCCGUCUGAAGUAAACUCAGGCCUGCUUGUUCAGUGGAUGAAAAGGGGAUCCAUAAGCAGCGAUUCAGUUGGGACCGGAGGAGUCGAGGUGGAGGUGGCCCAGAUGAGCCCGAAUGGUAUUGUGAGCUGGGGGGAUGACCUCAGUAGAGCUAGUGGUGGGUCUAUGGAGAAAAUAGCAGAGGGAAAGUACUCUCUGAAGCUCUUCUCAGCUCAGCCUGCCGACUCAGGGGUGUAUCGGUGUGUGGUGAGCGUGUUCGCUGGAAGAAGAAACCCUGGACAGUCUGUGCCUGCAACACUCACCCAGAGGUCAGAGGGAGUCACCGUCAACUUAAAGACAAAAGAUGUCCUGGUUACAGCUGUGACUCAGCUCCCUCGUGGUCCUUUGUUGAAAAGAGGCAGCACCAUCACGCUAAUCUGCAACACCACCGUGACCACCACAGGCCCUGCCCUGGCUCAGGUGCACUGGCUGCGCUGGCCAAUCCCUGAAGCAGUUUUCAAGAAGGCACCCGAUGUUACUCCACUAAAACCUCCUGUUCCUACACUGAUAGCUUCUCUAAUGUACAACGGCAUUUCAAAUAUCUACAUCAACGGCAGUGAGAUUAGCAUCGACCGGCUGUCAGCUAAUAGCUACAGACUCAGGGUUCACAUGGCAACGGUGGAUGAUCAAGGCAUGUAUGCCUGUCAUGCUGAAGUGUGGGGACAGGACCCGCAUGGAGGCUGGUACAAGACAGGGGCCAAAGCAGAGUCAAAUGCAGUGAAUGUUUACUUGUAUGCCAGAGCUGCUGACCUCCUCCUCAUCCCUUUGGUGGUUGGCGUCUCUUCAGCCUUGUUUGUCGGCAUUGUCAUCAUCGCAACAGUAACUUGCUGCUUCAUGAAGCGCCUGGCGAGGCAGCGUGCUCAAAAGUAGGCGUCCGCAGCCGUCUGAAAUCUGAUUGUUCACGAAGUGGCGACGCAGGGAAAAAAGCAAAUGGACCAUAAAAUAACUCCAAGAAGAAACUAAGUAGAAAAUAACUUUUGUCACCUUUUUUGGUUGUUUUUCUGUGUUCUGACCUACAUGUUUAACGAUUAAUGCCAAAAUAUUCAGUUUUGUACUUUCUUGUAUUUUUAUAUCUGAAGCAUAUUUUCUUGAUAGGCAUAGCGUGCUAGUCUUUUGCCGCCCCUCUCCAUUCUUCUAGCGGGCCUGAAUCGCAGUCUCACUGCAGUCUCACGUGUGAGGAAGCUAACUGUGAAAGUGUUAUUUCUUUAUAGCCAACUUACCCCCACAUAUUGUUACAGCAGGAUUGUACCACAUGCUACUUAACGCAUCAGAUGUUUUCUGUGAUGCUGGAUAUUUUGGUUACCCUACACUGACUCACGUUGCAAGUUCCCCAUGAGCAAAGAGCAUUCUGUGUUUCCACAAAUUGUUUUUGAUACUGUUCCAGUUGUUCCUUCCUCGGAGUGAGUGUUCUUCUUUUUAUACAGAAACCAACAAUGUCUAAAUGUAAAUGCAUGGUUAAAGGCACUGCCACAGACGGUCACAUGAUUGCUGAUGGGAGCAAUUUAGCCUGCAGGAGCUUAAUACAAGCGGGGACGUUCCAGCAGCACUCUGCAUGUAAACAAAGUCUCUGUCUGUUACUUAAUAAGGAAGCUGCUGGCUGGGGACUUUCGUGUGCUUUCCAGUCGAGUACUUCAUACUUGGGGUUUUCUUUUCAGGCUAAUAGAUUUUUAUAGAUUUGACAGAAAAUGUAAGAUAUACCCAUUGUGCACUGGGCUGAAAUGUGUAAAUACUCUGAGGUUUAGCUGUUUUAUUUUCUUAAUGCAUUAAGAUUGUGUCGUUGCACCAUGUUUCUUUGGCAAGCACCUGUGUUUUAAGAUUCUCUGCAGCAGUCUGCUCUGCUCUUUUAAAGCACUUGGAGAAAAAUAGGGCUGGCACCAAAGCUCCUUGGUAUUGUUUUUUUUUUUUUUUUUAACUUGAUUUUCUUUCAGCUGAAAAGUAAUUUCUUUGCCAUUUUUCUUUCUUUUUGUGGGAUUAAUGGCUUCUAAGCUCCUGUUAAGUGACUGAGAUAAAAAAAAAAAACUGAAAAAGAAUUCCCUGAUUGUUACACUGAGUAACAGGAAAACUGUUGUGUUGUUUCACGCCAUUUAGGAGUCUUAUCCCCGAGGUGAUAGGAGUGCAGUGCAGUCAUAUGACUAGACAAUGUAGUAAAAUCUUGCUAUAGUUGUCAUUGUAGUUAUCAUGUGGUUCAGCUCAUACAUGUCUGCCACUAAGACUUACUGAGUGUAGCUGCCGCUGCUAACCCACAGAAAUGUGUUGGACAGAUUUACUGUGUCUGUGCGCUUAAAAUGAGUGAAAUCUAUCCUCCUCUUCCUGUUGAAAGUAACACUUAAAAAAAUAGUUUGGUCACGCAAGCGCGCCUGCAUUGUGUGAUCAUGUAAGGAUAGCUGCAUGUUCACUGAAAAGAGGAGGAAAGCAACAUUUGUUAUACUUGUGGCGCUCUCAUUAAAAUGAUUUUAGAUCAGUUUUCUCACUUUUCUAAAUUUGAUUGCCCUGCAUGAUUUUUCAGUUUAUCUUAACUUUCUGUCAUUGUUGGAAUCUCUGGAUCUCCCUAACCCCUUAUUAUAAAUGUUGAUCACAAACAUUUGGGAAUAAAAUCACAGCUCUGCUUCCUUCCUGAACCACUUUGUUCCAGAUCAACUGCUCAAAGCUGAUUUGUUCCCCCCACAUACCCACCCACCACACGACUACACUCAUGCGCACACACACACAGACCCACGUGCACACCCUAGCAGCAGCAGGAUAGUGUUGGCUGGCUGGUAUUUCAAAUGGAAGAAAGUGAGUAUCUGCGUGUUCAUCUCUAAUCCCGGUUUAUGGCAGCAGUGUGUCCUGCUGCCCUUCCCCCACCCUGUGUUUGACAGUCAGUCACAUUCGAUUCAUUUCUAUCUGUGUUCCCCAAGAAUUGCAGCCAGCUGUAAGCAGUGUUGCGCAUCGUGUGCAGAAUAUCAAAACUUCUGUUUAAGUUGUGUUUUUGUUGGCAGUUGUAUUAAACCCUUUCAUUAAGGUGUUAUGUUUUGUUUGGAUUGUUCACUCAUGCUUUAAUACCACUGUUCCUGAAUGCAUUUUGCUGCCAAUUAAAUAUAUGAAGGCAGUUUUUUUUUUCUUCUCACUUUGCUUCUUAUGGUGCUUUGGCAGAUCUGCCAGUUGGUAAAACCAAUAAAUCACUCUGGGUCACCUUGCCUAUUGUA